AACCCGCCAACAUCCACUUCCUGUCGUGCUAGUACUUCCUUAUUUGCACCGGGCAAAGAUGGCGGAAGGCAUACUUCGUGUUGUAAGGGGCACUUUGAAUAUGUCAGCCAAACUACGGUUGAAACCUAUUGGAAAGGAAGGGGAGGGCACGGUACGUUCAUUUUCAUUAUCUAGCGUGGUUUUAUUCGUGGAUUUUAAACGUGUCAACACAUUUGAAGCGGGUGGCUUGACAGUUUCACGAGACACUUUCACAACACCGGUUUGUGUUGGCCAUGACGUCAAUGGACGUGACGUCAUUUAUAUUAACCGACAUGGUUCUCUCUGGCUUGGACAACGGGAGCAUCCGGUGUCUUUCCCCGCGCCAAGGACACGCCGGGUUUGCGUGACGCUCACCAGGACUUACAGCGGUAAUGGCGGUCAAGGGGAGCCGCUUUAUAGAAGCAAAACGGGUUACUAUGACAUCCUGGAGGUGGCCCCCGGCGCCACGCAUGCGCAGAUUAAAACCGCCUACUAUAAGCAGUCCUUCAUCUACCACCCGGACAGAAACGCCGGUUGCGACUCGGCCACUGUUCGAUUCUCGGAAAUCAGCGAAGCCUACACCGUGCUGGGCAACAAGGCCCUGCGGAAGAAGUACGACCGCGGCCUGUUGAGCCAGCUCGAUUUAACCGGCUCUUCCAGACCCUCCGCGAAGGACACGAGUGGGAGCUCGACCCCGGCGCAGGGCGACAGGCGGCGGUCAGCGGUGGCGCCCGGCGGCGGCGGUGUGUUCGACUUCGACAAGUUCCUCCGCUCUCACUACGGCGAGCAGCUGCAAAGAGAAAAAGACAACCGAAAGCGACAAAAGGACAUUCUAAAGCAGAAGCAGGAGUCGAUGGCUGAAAGGAACAAGGACAGCUUUAGUGAACUAGGCAUGGUAUUGAUGGUCGUAAUGGCGUUUUGUCUCUUUGCCACGUUCAAGUGACAUUUUGGACUACCCCUGGGUUGAUGGAGGAUAAGGAUGGAUGCUACCAUUAUGAUUCUGAGGAGGUGAUCCUUUCCAUCCCCACAAGCCAUAGUCCUACUUCUUGCUCCUCUAUAGAUGUACUAGUGCAUACUGGAUGUAGUUCCUGACAAUUUAGCGUUGAUGGGCCAUGUUUGUUUUCUCCCGUCUCUCGCAGGGUGCAAGAGGUUUCACUCUGUGCACCCGAGCGCGCUUGUUCAAAAGCAGAAUUAAAUUAACAGCGUGAACCCUCU